GCAUCCCGCUGCUCACUUCAUCCUUUUCGUGACGUCAGAGCCCAGCGCCAAACAUGCCUCUUGCACGUGAUCUUUUGCAUCCCUCUCCUGUGGAGGAGAAGAGGAAGUGCAAGCUGAAGCGGCUUGUACAGCACCCAAACUCCUACUUCAUGGAUGUCAAAUGCCCUGGUUGCUUCAAGAUCUCCACAGUGUUUUCCCAUGCCCAGACAGUCGUAGCGUGUGUUGGCUGUGCGACAGUUCUCUGCCAGCCCACUGGAGGAAAGGCUAAGCUCACAGAUGGCUGCUCGUUCAGACGGAAGCAGAACUAAGUGUGAUGUGAAAAAUCCCUCUGCGUGAUGCCUUUCCAAGCUGUCAUGACCUUUGAGACAGAAUAAAGAGUCCCAUGAGAGGUUA